GGGAUCGUUACACGAAACAACAGGAGGAUGGAAACGGAGAGUAACAUCCACCCAGGAAAGGAUCAAGAGCUGGGAACUUUGUCAACUGAAUGUGACCGUUUGUAAAGCAGAAUGGCGUACACCCAGGCUGAAUGUGUGAUUAAGAAUAUCAUUCGGGAAAUAGCCCAGGAGUGCGCUGAUAGAGGACACUCCAUUUCUGAGACUCUUGUAGCGUUCAUGGUUAAAGCUGUUGUUCUGGAUCCAAGAUAUGAGUUCAAUGUCGAAAAAACCCUCACAAAGACUGAUGUUCGCAAGCUCAUCACGACUUGCGUGGACAGAUUGCUUGAAACACAACGGUCAUCUCUUGACACAAUCAAGAUGCAAGUUUAUUUCGAUAUGAAUUAUACAAGUAGAGCGGAAUUUCUGGCUGAGCAUCGCACUGUCUUGGAAUCUAGGUUGGCCCCAGUAUGCAGAGAAAUCACAGAUAGUCGCGCGAGGACACGGGAUGAAUUGGAAUGUCUUUACCGUAAAAUUGUAAGCUACAUGCUGCUUCAUUCAGGCCUUGGAUCUCCCACUGAAAUAGGUGUAGUGAGAGAGGCAACUGCUGCUCUGCAAAGUGUUUUUCCACAAGUGGAACUGGGUACCUUUCUUGCCCUCACAAAAAAGGACAAGGAGCGACAGUUGAAUGAACUAAGCAUGAUUGUCACUGGCAUUCGGCUGUUCAAUAAGAACUGUAAGAAGGGUGGUGAAGGCAUUGAUGACUUGCCCGCCAUUCUAAAUGAAGCUGUGCCAGCAACCAAACAAAAUGUUGAGUCUGAGCUACAAGCCACGCAGCAGCUUAUCUACCAUUAUACAGCUAUUAUCGAGAGGCUGGAGAAAAGCAGAGCACAAUGGUAUGAAGAAGAUGGGUUCCAUGAUAAACUGAAGGAAGCUUUAUACAACGUGAGGCAGCAUGAGGUCUUUCUACACAUUAUUGUGACUGAAAUCGUCACAUGCGCUAAACAGGUAGAACUGCUGGAGCAUCAAUUAGAGAGACAAAUGUUGGAGCUGAACGAUGUAGUCAAGUCAAAGGCAGCUGUACCCACCGCACAAGUCUAUCCUCAUUUUAUUGCUCUCUCCAAUCUGUGGACCGCUUUCCAGGAUGAGCUGGUGCUGCUCAGUGUUUUCAGCAACUUAGUAACCAACUUGGAUCCAUAUUUAGCAACUCACUCACAGCUGUUUCCAGAUGGGGUCAUUGGGCCCUUAUUGGAAGGAGUGGUUGUGAAAACGGAUGCGCAGAGGUUAAGUGAAGUUUCAGGGCAAAGAAUUAACCCAUCAGACUUCAAGAACCGAGAGUGGGUCUUUCCAGAAGACAGACUAGCAUACUGUCAGCCAACUUUACAGUAUCGAGGAUUCUGUGCCUAUACAUUUGGUGCAAGACAUGGUCUCCUUCUGAGAGGAAAUCCAAAUGUUGGAAUACUUAAAUAUCAAGAAAAGUACUACGCAUUCUCCUCGAAAGAAGCUGCAAGUGCUUUUGCUCAAAAGCCUGAUUGUUACAUUGCUAUGGCAGCAGAGGAAGCUAAGCACUCAGCAGAACUCAUUCAGUUGCUAGAGCUCCAUCAGCAGUUUUCCACAAUCACUCCCUACACACAGGCAGACAGAUGCUUAAAAUCCAUCGAAAAGUUUGACAGCUGCACACAAACUGAUACUCACAUCCUGGAACCAAAUAUUGUUAAAUCAUACGAAUGGAACGAGUGGGAGUUGAGAAGAAAAGCAAUUAAAUUGGCAAACCUGCGUCAGAAGGUAACACGCUAUAUCCAGACAAACCUCAGUCACAUGAGAAGAGACAACACUUCCCAAGUCUACCUGCCAAAAGACCAGUCAGUACAAACAAAACGAGAGAGUUCCAGCAAUGUGCCAAAACCACAGGUCUUCUAUGCUGGCUUGCGUGGAGGAAACAUUACUGAACCAACACAUGUGAUCAAGUACAAUUUGACAAGAGCAAUAGAUGAAACAUAAAACUGAACCUCCCUGGCAAAGAACUUAAUAAAUCAACCGUUCCAAUUUAUGUUGUCUUAAUGAUCAAAUUUAGCAUUAAACUACAAAGAAGUCCCUGAAAUGUAUUUUUUAAAUGCUGUAACUGAAGAUAAUGCUUCUAGCAGAUAUAAUUUGAUGUUAAUUCCUGUUAUAAUAUUGCAGAUAUUUUUGAAGCUUUGAAUAAAAUUGGUUGAACUAUUUGAUGCUGAAGAUACAAGCCACAACCUGGAUCCUAUUAAAUUCAAUGCAAACCCCCUUGAGGAGCUUUAGAAUUACAGGAGCCUAACAGACUUUUAUAAUGUAUGUUGAAAUGAUUGGAGUCAGAUACCUGAAGGAAAAAUUGGUCAAUUUAAAUUACUGGCCCCAUUGAAAUAAAAUCUAUGGGCAUUCCAAUAUAGUUUACCAGUCCUGAACACAGGAAACAUCAAGCAGGAGGGGUGUGAGUACGAUAUUAAUGUGGUAGGAAGAACAGUUGCUCCUUCUGGCUCCACUGUACAGUACAUUUGUUUUUUAAAGAACAUAUCUGCUAGUUUAUUUGGAGUUUAGCUAUCUCAUUAGACCAGCUGCUGAACCUAAAAUUCCAUGUUAAUCUUCUGCAGAAGCAACUCUUGCCUAGUUUAGAAUAAUGUAGAAGAUGAAUCCUGAAAAGGGCCUAGCUCUCUCUAGUAUAGGCAGAAAUGAAAACUGGUAAAGUUGAGUAAUGGGCGUCUCACUUGGGAUAAUCUGUUUUAUGCUGUUACUCAAAAUGUAUGAAAUACUUUUAACUAUGUAACUGUACCAUUGUUCCGUUUAUUUAAUGUGAAAGAAUGUGGACUGGUUUCUUAGGGUUCCUUUGUGCAGGGUUUAUCACAUGGUGGUCACAUGGAAUAUUGAGAAGUAUUGGUAUUAAUUUAAAUAAAGAUAUGCCACACUUAGUGGAAAAAUA